GGAGGAGGAGGAGGAGGAGGAGGAAGGCUGCCUGCCUGCUGCCUCGGCUGUUGCUCCAGUUCAAGCCGGGCGCCUUCGGAGGAGAGCGAGGCGGGCACCAUGGGAGCAUUUAUUUGGUGACAUUCAAGGGUUGCAUUAAAAUAAAAUUGGAAAAAAAACACACCCUAAAAUCAAUCGUGGUAGCAGAAAAAGCCCGGACGGUGACGGAAGGAGUGGAGUAGGGAGGAAAAAAACCGAUACUUCUUUUUAAAAAGUACUGUAAUUGUGGGAAAGAAACUUGUUCAAGAGAAUGAGUGAACUGGAACAGUUACGGCAGGAGGCUGAACAACUCCGGAAUCAAAUCAGAGAUGCCAGAAAAGCAUGUAGUGACACAACUCUUGCUCAGAUCACCACAAGUCUUGACUCAGUGGGUCGAAUCCAGAUGCGCACAAGACGUACGCUGAGAGGCCAUUUAGCUAAAAUUUAUGCCAUGCAUUGGGGAACUGAUUCAAGGCUACUAGUGAGUGCUUCCCAAGAUGGAAAAUUAAUUAUUUGGGAUAGUUAUACAACAAACAAGAUGCAUGCCAUUCCUUUGAGGUCUUCCUGGGUAAUGACCUGUGCAUAUGCGCCAUCUGGCAAUUACGUCGCCUGUGGUGGAUUGGACAACAUCUGCUCCAUCUACAACCUGAAGACAAGAGAGGGCAACGUGCGAGUGAGCAGGGAGCUACCCGGCCAUACUGGGUAUCUGUCCUGUUGCCGAUUUCUAGAUGACAACCAAAUAGUCACAAGCUCAGGAGAUACCACUUGUGCGUUGUGGGAUAUCGAGACCGGGCAACAGACUACUACUUUCACUGGGCAUACUGGAGAUGUAAUGAGUCUUUCUCUAAGUCCAGACAUGAGUACUUUUGUUUCAGGAGCAUGUGAUGCAUCAUCCAAGCUCUGGGAUAUUCGAGACGGGAUGUGCAGGCAGUCUUUCACAGGGCAUGUCUCUGACAUAAACGCAGUGUGUUUCUUCCCUAAUGGCCAUGCCUUUGCCACUGGCUCUGAUGAUGCCACCUGCCGACUCUUUGAUCUGCGAGCCGACCAGGAGCUGAUGAUGUACUCUCAUGACAACAUCAUCUGCGGAAUUACUUCGGUCGCUUUCUCAAAGAGUGGCCGCCUUUUGUUGGCAGGUUAUGAUGACUUCAAUUGCAAUGUUUGGGACACCCUCAAGGGAGAACGCGCAGGUGUCCUUGCUGGCCAUGACAACCGAGUCAGCUGCUUAGGAGUUACUGAUGAUGGCAUGGCAGUAGCUACAGGGUCUUGGGACAGUUUUCUCAGAAUCUGGAAUUAAUCUUGCAGCUGAAAGACAUCCGGAUAGACACGCACACCUUCUCCACUGAGACCUGGAGAGAUAAAUGCUGCAGCCUAUUGCUGUGAAAUAAUAUUUCUACCUUGUAUUUACAGGUGAAGUUUUUCUACUCACUGAUUAUUGCAUAAAUAGGCUUUCUGUACAUGAAGUUUUAAAAAAAUCAAGUGAAGAAGUGGUGGGUGGGAGAAAUCGGUAGCGUCUUUCUUCAAAGAAAAGGAAAGCCGAGGGCAGCACAUGUAUUCGUGGUGACCGAAGCUAAAAGAAAGCAGUCCAUCUUACAGUUGGUUUGCCUGUGUUGUCCUGGAAGGAUUUCUGCUUGUGCCCCAAUCCUAAUUCUGUACCUUUUUGUACAUAACUGAAUAUACACAUAGCAGCCAAUCAUGUAACAUUUUGUCUGUAAGUAAAGAAAUAAUGUUUGCAUUUUUUAAAAGAAACUGCAUUUAUAUAGCUCUACAUUUAAUCUGAGAUAUCUCCCCUGAGUUCCACAGUGGAUCAACUAGAUUGUUGUUUUUAAAUGUGUCUUCUUUUUUCUUUAUUUUCUUUUUGGUGAAUUUACUGUAGAUAAAAAGUGUGAAGUUGAAGAGCUGUUUGUAGGUUUUAUAACAGAAGGUGUUUGAAUUAUUGCUUGAUCUGUUUCUGUGUCUGUUUAAAAAAGUCCUGAUGACUCCUCGCGACACCUAGCGCCUUACUUGCGGUGUGACCUAUUUAUUGGAAUAUGAAGUCGUUCCUUCUGAGCCGAUGCUUCCUGGAAAUUCCAUUGGCAGCCAGGGGCACCAGACACCGCAGACGUAAAUAGGUCAUCAGAUGCACCCUUCAGAGAUAAGAACUGAAAAUGUUGGUGUCGGAUUUUGAGCUUCCUUCCAACAGCCUUUCUAUGAUUUGGCUCAGCAUGCAAAUCAGAAGGUGCACGUAUUUGUGGCUGCAUGGCUGUGCCAAUCAUUCAUGGAUUUUUGAGGUGGGUCGGGUAGUUGUCAGUGUGAUGUUUUCAGGCCUACUGUAAUAUCACUGGCCUGUUAGGUGUGAGGUGAAGAAUAUUGAAACCACUUCAGAGUUCUAGCAAGGACUUUCGUUCCUCCUGUGGAUUGUACCACUCCAAAUGCAUGUGGACCAUAGUUUGUUUUCUCCUCUCACAUGUAUUAAAUACACUUGUAUAGGCAGACAUUUAAUGUGUUUCAGGUACAACACCUCUUUCCUCGGAGUACCUAUUUGCACAUGCCGAGAAUUGUAAAAAUAGAAGUAUUCCAUUUAAAUGUACACUUCUCCCACUGUGCAAUCUGUGUGUGUGGACUGUAGCAUAUGCCACAUCAAUAUUUGGAAUUGGCUCCUGAAACCAGUUCAGGUACACCAGCCAACCUCUACAGGAAGUGCUGAAAUUUCAUUCUGAUACUGCCAAGAUAUUUGUUUGGGUUGCCCAGACAUUCCACAGCAACACAGAGUUGCCUUUUUUUUGUAUCUGUCAAGAGAAUUCCGGUUUUAGAUCCUGAUCCUUUUAUUUCUGUUUUUAUUUUAGGAAGCUCUAACAACCUUCAUGAGUUCUUGCUGUCUUAAAUUUUGACGUAAAAUCAAGUUAUCUAACAAUAACUCAUAAGAAAAGUCCUGUUCACAUAAGUAUGGGAAAGGUUAUGGCUAGCUAAAAACAGAUUUCUGUUUUUCAUCACAGAAAUCACAGAACUGCCCCUUUUUGUUCAUAUAGUACACAUUGCCCUACAUUCUUUUAUUUUGGACUGGAAAACCCCCUACAGAAUCCGUUAAAUGUACCUAUAUGUUGAUUCAUCGUCCAACAGUUGAUUGAAUGGGUCUAUUCUAGUUGAAACUAAUCAACAGGAUGCCAGUCAUCAAGUGACCUCAGCUUUUGUUUUAGUGGAAGUAUUGAGGGUUGGAUACGUUCCAUUCCUUAGAUGUCUUCUCACUGAUGUCCAAAGAAGGUGAAAAUGUAUUAUGUUGUUAAAAUGCCCUCUUUCAAAGUGUUUAAGGAGACAGCGGAGCUGUUAAAGUAAUCCUGGUUCUCUUGGCAAACAGCAGUUGCUGCCAGCAUAUUAAGAAAGAGUUGUUGCUAAACCAUCUGUUUUGUCAGAUUUCUGCCAAUUUUGUGUAUCCUUAACUUCAGCCUUUCCUGUUUGCCUGUGUUUACAGUAUGUAAAAGUGCCAGUCCAUGUGCCAAACAAAAGGAGCCACAAAAGCACUAAUACUUUCUUAAUGAUACAACAUAAAGAAGCGUGUUUCUGGCAGUCUGGUGCAGGGUUUUUUAGAGCCAGAAUCAUAAGCACUUAAUAGUAUUUUCUGCUUUUCAUAUGAAUCACUCUCUUCACAUUCAGUAUUGAUACGACCCGGAUCAGAGGUAGAGGUCAGUAACUGCAGUAAAACUCACUAAUAACCUUGGCUGCUUUGGGUGAGAUCUGCGUUCAGGAAGUGUUUCUGAAUUCUGUGGAUCAUAUUCACAACCCUUUUUCUUUUUUUCCUUUUUUUACAAUGCCUUAUGCCUGCAAGAAGGGUAUUGCCUGUAAUUUGAAAAAACAAUUUAUUUAGAAGGCAUCUUUGGAAUUAAGAAUGGAUGGUUCCACACAGCUUGGAGGUGUUAAGUAGCCUUCAGGGACUUUUAAAGGUGUUUGUUUUGUGCGAGUUGUAAGGUAAUGUCUAGAUGUUGUUUUUGGAAUGGCUCUCAGGGAGUAGGCAUAUAUUGUAACAUUUAGAAUAGGAAGUAAAUUAUGGCUAGAUUUGUGGCUUGUCCUAAAUAAUAGAACAGUCUUAAAUAUGGAGCGUGAGAAUUGACUGAUCCGCUAAUGUGUUUCCAAGUGUGUCUAAGAGUCAGAGCCAUCCCAUUUCUCUAAUCAAUUAGAUUUUAAAGAAAUCAGGUGUCAAUAUGUUAAAUACAGAGCCGCCCUACUCUCAACCAUAUUCACUAUAUUUCAGUGUAGUAGAUUCCAAGAUACAGUGUUACAUUCUUAGCUUGUGUACAUAUUCUGCAGCAUAGGGACAGUAGUCUACAUUGUACUUGGCUGAUGCUAAAUUUGCAUGUUUGUGAUAUUUUGGCUCCAUCACACUUUAGAAGGCUUCCUUUAUAAGGAGUGGUAUCUAUCAGAAUGGUAGAUUCCUGCUGUUUGUUCAGCUAUGUUGAAAUCCUAGUGUAGGCAUCACUGUAGUUUCUUGUACCCUUGUGUUGGACAUAAAUUUUUCAUCAACUUUGAAAUAAAAUGGGAUUUACAGACCGCUGUCCUGUUGGUGACAUGUUUGGCAUUACCUCUGGUUGCCCUAGCAUAUGUACGUUUUCCAUCCUCACGAAAGGAGGUAUCUCAGUCCCUCAUUGCACAACAUGACAUUUUGACUGUACUGCAAUAUACCCCUGUUGGCCAGUUGGAUGCCAGUGUGUUGUUGUGGUUGUUGGACACCACCCAUCUGAAACAUGCAGCAAAUGUUGGGAAAAAAUUGCUGCUGCCCUCCCAGGCUUCUACUGGACUCAGAGGAGUCCAUGAGUGUGAUAGCUAUCCUUUUUCCUUUCUGUGCCUCCUUCCUUUCUAGCCACUGAUAGGCUGUAUUGCUGUCUGAGACCUACUAAUGCAGCAGAAGAAAGUUUGCAGAGAUAAAUUACAUUCCAUCACCAUCUGGGUGGGAUUUGGCAGCAUAAGGAUAUCUCUUGAGUUUUUUCUCCAUCUGAUGGAAAUUUGGAUACAGUUGUGUAUCCUCAACUGUUUUGGGGUUUUUUCUGCACGGGAAUUUGUUUCCCUAAGGAAUUUUCUAAACUAGGGCCAUAUUUGGGUGUUGUGUGGUUUCCGGGCUUUAUGGCCGUGUUCUGCCAGCAUUUUCUCCUGAUCUUUCUCCUUCAUCUGUGGCUGGCAUCUUCAGAGGAUGGCCUUAUUGUUAAAAUAAUUUAUCACAUAUAAAAUGGCCCCAACUAAUUUGCUGAAAUUUGCUAGAUGAUGAAGGUAGGGCAUAUUUGUCAUGUAGAUGCAACAGCUGUGCUGAGUUUAAUGUAUAUGGGCAUUUAUGUAAAUCACAGCUGAUUCGUGUGAUUGGAGUUUGUGGGAGGUUGUGCUGUGCUUGUAUCAGAUAAAAUGCAGUCUAGCACCCUUGGAUGACUCUUCAAACUGCAAUUCUGCACUCUCUCUAAUAUCUUUCACAGAGUAAGAUUCAGGUGAGAAAUAGGAUAGUAAUUCCUAUGGCAAAAAUGGAGAAAAGGUGUGAGUCAGCGCAUCGAGGUUAUGUGAUUGUGCCAGGUUGAGUUACCAAACUGGAGUAGCUUUGCUCCAAGGAGAGACCUGUGGCCCAUGAACUAGCAGCAUAUCUUCGCUGAAAGUUAUAGCAUAACUACCGUAUUUAUUCAAGUCUAAUUCAACAUCAAAUUUAAUGCGCACCUCAAUUUUCUAAACCUGAAAUCAAAAAAGUAUUUGCUGGCGAAUGUAAUGCUCAGUAGUAAAAAGUGCACUCUUUGUAAUUUGGUGCAUUACAGUGGCUGUAUGCUUAGAACUCCUACUUUAAAAACAAAUCUUUCAGCAAUGGAAAAGAAAACCUUGGGCUGCGUGUAUGUUGUAGAGUGAAUCCACUGUAACUACCCUGGCUCAAUGCUAUGGGAUCAUGGGGCCUGUAGUUUGGGGUCAUGGGGGCUGUCAAAGAAUGCUGAUGCCUCACCAAACUACAAAUUCCAGCAUUGCAUAGCAAUGAGCCAUGGCAAUUAAAUUAGAGAUGAUGUCCCUCAAAUAGGAGCUCCAGGUGCAGCUCCUGAAGUAGCUUCCCCCUUUCCUUCGGCUCAGUACUAAGAUUAUUACAUUGCUUGAAUCUAAUGUGUACCCUAACUUUGGGAAGGUGAGCAUUAGAUUUGAGUAAAUACGGUAUCCCCCCCCCCCCCGCACCAAAACAACAACAACAACACUGUUUCUGAUGCCACUUUUCUCCUAGUAAAGAUCUGUGUUGAUCAGAGUUUUUGUUUGGAUCUGAGUGUGACUAGGCAGUCGGUUGUGAGCAUCAAAGGCCUGAUGUAGUGCAGGGACUGGCGGUAAUAUUUAAGAAGCUAAGAUUGCUGGUGCCAAAGAAUGAAAUUAUGCAGCCAUUUAACAAUGGCAGUUAAAACAAUCCCACAAGGAUGUGUGGAAAUUGGAAAGCACUUCAUAUUAACUGAAUCACAAGGCAAAAUGAUGCUAGGCCACUCAGUAGCUGAUCCUUUUGGUGAAGUAUACAAAUAUUUCCACCUUAAGCUUGAGUUGUACUUUUUUGGUUGUGGUUGAGGUUGCUAUUCCCUCAAUUGGUCCACAACCAAAGACUGGUGGAGGCGAUUGGAGAAGUGUCUGAUUAUGUUCAUUUACAAUAACCUCACCCAUUGGAUCUUGUUGGAAGAUGUCCAUGUCCCACCUCUGGCUGUGUACAUACACCCAGACCUCUCACUCUUCCUGAAUCAUAAAAUAGGCAUACGGGGAGUGGGUGUCUCUCAAAGGUGCAUGGUGAGUCCUGGAUCUUACAUUAGGAGCCAUGCAUGCAGGAUACCACCAUGUAGGAUCUCUGCUAACACCUCUCACUUCUGUGGGUGCCAUACAGUUCGCUGUGCCCAGGUGUGGAUAGAAUACAAAGCUCUGCAUUCAUACUGGACCCUUUCAGUUGUUUGUUGCCCUUCCUGCAGAUAAUGAAGGCCCCUUGCCUCCAGGAAAGUUCCUCUGAAAGUUGUGGGUUCUUGAGUGACUUUGUCUGGCAUCUGUGGCUAUAGCUGUAAUGACAUAUCACUAGUAUGUGUGGAAGCGACAGUUUCUGACCUUGGGAUUUGUGAACUUUGGGUUACCCUUCCUACCAUAAUUUGGCACUCUACUUCAGCAUUUGAAGUCCUGCAAGUUGAAAUUUCUCCCCAAAGUUGAUCAGUUGUGUAAAAUACAUUCAAGACUGUUAAAUGCUCAGUGAUGUUAUGGUGAGUCUGUGAACAGUGUUACUAAUAACUUAUAAAUACAAAAAAAAAUGAAAUGUGCCUGACCUUCCUUGUGCCACACCAUGUUUGAUUUUUGACUAAUAUGGGCAUCUUAGAUUUUAAGCCUUUGUUUUCACAACACAAUGGUGCUCUCUUGGUUUCCUCCUCACUGCGACACAUUUCUACAUGUGUAUACUUGCAUUGUCACCCAAAGGAACGGCAUUCAGCUGUUUCCAGAAAUGGAUGUUUUUACUUUCGCUUUUACUAAUGACUUAUUCCAGUCUCUUUCAUCCAGGAUGUGUGUGAGUGGGUUUUUUUUUAACCUCUUCACUUGUUGCCAGUUUCUCUUGAGGAAAACCUUCCAAAACAUUUCCAGGUACCAAGUGAUUCUGCACUGCCUUUUUGAUUGUGUAUUCUGGAAGUCUUAUCCUUUUAUUUAACCUAAUUAAAAACAAAGCACCCAGGGACUUGUGCCAUUUUGUUCUUUAACAGUGCUGUUCUAUAAAGUUUUCCCUGUGGAAGAGAAAUCACUUGCUAUGAACUGUUUAUAGUUUCCCUCCAUAAGCUUUCCUUUGUAUUUGUACAGUGGUUCCGUAAAAGAUGUUGCCUGACUUGACAUUGUAACCAAUAAACAACUGCUUUUAACUAGGA